AUGGCCAGUAACCCGAAAGACCAGUCCCAAUUCCGUCGACGACGAACCACGGAGGACAGAGUUCGGAAUGCAUUGAACAACGGCGUGACGCCCUCCUUCUUCCGCUGGGUCAUGCAGGCGCACCCCCAGUCCGGCCUCCUACCUAACGAUGCUACGAUUGAUUCAAAAGACGCGACGGACAUCGAACCCUUCCGAUAUGUUCGUGGCACCAGGGCUGACUACCCCUUUGAUAUACUAGAUGACGACGAUAAAGAAUGGCAACAAGGCUUGACUGCCGACGACCUGGCUGGGGCCAAAAAGGACAUUCUUCCGAGCUAUAAUGCGAACGACCCCAACAAGCUCUAUCGUACCAAGCGCCGUAUGGACUUGAUAGUUACAAGGAACGCGCGUGGAAGAGCCCCUCAGCAGCGAAACGGUUACGACUGUGGUCUCCAUGUUAUCCGCAACGCCGAGAUAGCUACGCGCCCCGCCGGCGUCGACGCCGACCUCCCCGCCCCACCUGUUGAGCCGGACUUGCUACGAGCGCACUACCGCAAGAUGGUCAAGGACAUGACCGUUGGUUGA